UCGAUACUAUCGAACGCGAUCCUUCCCUUUGAAGUUCCACGGCACCGCCUCAGUUAGUUAUUGGCACGUGUGCGAGAAGCAUCGUUCAGAUUUCGAGUGGCAACAGUACUGACUUAACGAAGAGCUGCCUUUCUUCCGUGUUUUCGUCAUGAAUGUUUGCGAAUCGAUCGAAAACAUUUCAGAAAGCAGCGACGAGGAUUUCGUACAACUGGUACGAAGGUUGGAGAGAGAAGAGAACAGAGCGACGUACACUUGCGACAAGUGCAAAUACGAAAGUAAUCGACAGUUUAACGUCCAACGUCACAAGCAGAGGAUCCACUCGAAGGCAAAGUUGAACAUCUGUUGCGGUGAGACCUUUUGCACGAAAGGUGAUUAUUACGUUCAUUGCGAGCAAAUCCAUCCGGCGACGAGGUCUCACGCGAUCAUCUCGAGAACCAAGUACAAAAUCGCCAACAACCUGGUGCCGAUCGACGAUCGAAAUGAUCUCGCGCGUGAGUGCGAGAGACGACAGGGAGCCAACCCUUUUUACAAAAUGCGAUCAAGAUCGAGGAAUUUUCGCGUGAAGGAUCAGACGAAAGUAAGCUUGCAGUACUCGGUGAAUUACAUCGAGAAUGUCGACAUAGAGAACAUACCUCUGAUAAAUUUCCUCACCGAUCAUCGACUCAAGUCCAUAUCAAAGCUGCUAGUCAAAGCGAACAAGAAACCGAGCAGCCAAGACAAGAAGCAAACUUUAAAUGUCGCGAGCUCGUCGGCGCAAAACAUCGAAAAGACGACGUCCGCGAACAACAAUACGACGGAGGAGAACGUUCGGACGGAAGUUGUCGACUCGUCCUCGCUUUCGCUCGAGUUGCCGACGAAAAAGCUUAUUUUGCAGCGGUUCAGGUUGAACGAGUUUCAGACGACUUUCCACAAACAGAGUGCUAAUAUCGAUCGUAAUGAAGCAAAUUUAGCGGAAAAGAUGGAGGAAAAGGCGACGGUCCCGGCCAAAAUUAAGCGUGUAAUGGAUGAGACGAAUAAGGAAAAUGUGUUCACAUUUAGCAUGAGGCAACAGUUAAAUAUACAAUUGAACACCAAGUUCGAGCUGCCUGUGACGAGUCACCCAUCGAGAGUAUUCGAAACUCACCGAUUUUGACGAGUUCGAGAGAUUUUGAAAUUUCCGAGGGUGAAAUCCUUUUCAUACCAAAGAGUAGUAGCGUACACGGUAAGAUACGAUGCGUGUGAUACGAUAGACGGUACAUAUUUAACAAAUGUGAUAUGAUACGUACAUAUUUAAUAAACCUAUGAUAAAUUAGAUUUUAAGAGAGAUGACUAAUAUAAAUUUUUACUCUACUUUUAUGCCUCUUUGUUGGAAACGAAGCACGAACGUGUGUUUUUGUAAUAAACGUGUGACUCUCGUGUCGAUCCUAUCUCGAAUCACUCAACUUUGUUCUAUGGCUGUUAUUUUAAUAAAGUGCACUUUAAGACUGAAA